AUGGCAGAUAAUUCAUAAAACAAUAACCCUGCAAUUAAAUAAGUAGAAUUACCUUUAUAAAAUAAUGAAAAUGGUUAAUAGAAUAAAUAACCUAAUUACCAAUCUAUUAAUCCUUAUCAAUAUAAUGAACAAUAAAAUAAUAAUCCGUUUGUAGCAGUGUAUAUCCCUGAAAAUGAUCACCGUUUAGAAGCUAAUCUUUAGCAAAAAAAUUAAUCCAGGUUUGAAGAAGAAAAAGCAAAAUUUUAAAAAGAUUUAAAUGGUAUUAAAGAAUAUGGAGUGAAUUUAUACUAAGAAACGAAACUAAAGGCCAAAGAUAAAUAUGAGGAAAUAAAAUAAGCGAACCCUAUAUUGUAAAAAGUAGAGAGUAAAGGUAAGCAGAUUUUUGAUAAAGCAAACAAUCUUGCGGAUUAGAUUAAAUAAGAAUAUGAUAAACUUGAAGAAAAAUACAAGGAGUUUAUGAGAAAGUAAAAUGAAAAACUAAACGUUUGGGCAAGGACUAAAUUGUAAAUUAUUAUUAUGGAUAUGAUUACUAAGUCUAAAGAUGACAUAAAAGAGGCUAUUAAAGAUCCAUAUAUGUAUGAAUGGGUUAAAAAGAUUAUUGAUGAUAUAAUUGAUGAUAAUUGGCCUUAUAUUGAAUAAGAAAUACUAUAUAGAUUAAGGAUGGUUAUAGACUAGCCAAUAAUUCAUAAAGAAGAAGAUCCAAAAAGAUGUUGCUUAAUUGAAUGCUUUUAUUAUUUACCAAAUAAAUAUUUGUAUGAAAGAAUACCAUAUAAUAAAUCCUCUUGGUACUAAUUUAGGAGGCUUUGGUUCUGGUUUUUCAUGCUUUUUGAAAUAUUUCCUUUUUACGGGGUAUAAAGUUUUUUCUAUAGCUUAGUGUUCUUAAUAAUAGAUAAAACAGAUGAAUGGCAAUUAGUGAGAUUUAUUAUUGUUUAUAAGUAACUGUAAUUUUUUAGCAGUGGAAUACUUGGAGGCUUUAUUGGCUAUGUUCAAUAUUUCUUAUGCUCAUCAUUAGGGAAAAAAAGUUAUUUAGAAUAAUUUAAAAAUUGUGUUGAUAAUGGCCCUGGUGUAAAUGUAAAUAUGUAUGCAGAUAUAGUUGGAAUUUUCCUCUAAAUAAUAGUUGCAUGGAUUGCAUACCUUCUCAUUCCAUUAUCAAGGUCAAAAGGAAAAAAUAUUGAAUUUAGGUAUAACAAAUAAAAACUUGAAUAAGAUAAUGCUAAAAAAGAGGAUGAUGAAAAGUAGUGUUGUUGUUGCAUACUAGAUGUUUCUAAAGGAGGCAGAUUCUACAAAUUUAUGAUAUAUGAUUUGGUAGUUUUUGUAAUAAUGGUUGGAGUCUUUUUAAUUUUUGUAUUUGCCAUAGAUAAAAAGAAUGAGUGGCAAAUAAGAUAAAUUUUAUUUAUGUCAAAAACACUAUACUGCCUUCUGAAUUUCCCUUUCUUAAUUUUUGCUUUUCCAAUACUACCCUAGAUCAUCACUGCAGCCAGGAAAACAGGAUAUGAUUAAUAUGGAGUUUGUGUGCCUAAAAUAGUAACAUACACAAACAAAGAAUGGGAUGAUAUAGAAAAGAAAUACGACUAAUCAAGAAGUAGAAUAAUCGCCUCAUUAGAUGAUGAUGGGGAAGAAGAGUAAAAAAUCUUAAAUGAUAUAAAUGUUGAAGAGCUAUACAAAUGA